CUCCGCACGGCUGACGUGCCAUAGAUAGAGGCCACUGACGCGGAAGUGCAGAGAGGAGAGCAGACGCUGUAAACAUGCUGAAAGCCGUGAUCCUAAUCGGGGGCCCACAGAAGGGUACCAGGUUCCGGCCUUUAUCUUUCGAGGUUCCCAAGCCCCUGUUCCCUGUUGCAGGCGUCCCCAUGUUACAGCAUCACAUCGAGGCUUGCAGCAAGGUGCCCAACCUGAAGGAGAUCUUACUGAUAGGAUUUUACCAGCCCAACGAGGCACUGAGCCGCUUCCUUGUCACAGCGCAGCAAGAGUUUAAAGUGGCGAUCAGGUAUCUGCAGGAGUUUUCAGCCCUGGGCACCGGAGGAGGGAUCUAUCACUUCCGGGACCAGAUCCUCUCCGGGGGGCCACAGGCGUUCUUUGUGAUGAAUGCAGAUGUUUGCUGCGAGUUCCCCCUUCUCCAGAUGUUGGAGUUUCAGAAGCAACAUGAAGAGACGCACCAAUACAUCAUGCUGGGAACCACGGCCAAUAGGACACAGUCUCUGAACUACGGCUGCAUUGUGGCGAAGGCGGAUACCCAAGAGGUGCUGCAUUACGUGGAGAAGCCCGGUACAUUUGUCAGCGACAUCAUCAACUGUGGGAUCUAUCUCUUCUCGCCAUCCGUAUUCAAGCACAUUGCCGAGGUCUUCAAAAGAAACCAGCAGGACGUACAGCUUUGUUCCUCCUGCAUCAGUGAGGAGAACUCGAGCUGGCAGCGGACGGAGGUGAUCCGGUUGGAGCAGGAUAUUUUCACGGCUCUCGCCGGGCGGGGGCAGCUCUACGUCUAUAAAACGGAUGGGUUCUGGAGUCAGAUUAAGUCUGCGGGCUCGGCCAUAUAUGCCAGCCGCCUGUAUCUGGACCAGUAUCGCAUAACGCAUCCUGAGAGACUGGCACAAAACCGGGAGGGGGCGCCGAUCAUACUGGGAAAUGUGUAUAUUCAUCCCACGGCCAAUGUGGAUCCCACUGCCGUGCUGGGCCCCAAUGUCUCUGUCGGUAUGGGAGUGACGAUUGGAGCUGGGGUCCGGGUGCGGGAAUCGAUCAUUUUACAUGGAGCCGUGCUGCAGGAUCACAGCUGUGUCUUAAACACCAUAGUCGGCUGGGACAGCAGCAUUGGCCGAUGGGCCCGCGUGGAAGGGACACCUAGCGACCCCAAUCCUAAUGACCCUUAUGCCAAAAUAGACAGUGAAACCUUGUUCCGGGAAGGGAAGCUCACUCCUUCAAUCACAAUUUUGGGAUGUAAAGUUUCCAUCCCUGCCGAGGUCGUGAUCCUUAACUCCAUCGUCCUCCCGCACAAGGAGUUGAGUCGCAGCUUCAAGAAUCAGAUUAUUCUGUAGUUUGGGGACAUAGAAGAGCGCAGUGCUCGGGGCACGGACUCUGUACGGGCAGCCCUUCCAGCAGGGACCUGUCCAAGUGACUUCUGGAGCUGGAGCGGACAAAGGUCAAGGAGGUCGGCCUACUUCCAGCAGAGACUGAUUAUGAGAGGCAGCGCUCUGUAGACAUCCGCCCCCAGGGGUUCUUAUUUUUACUGUCUCUUCAGUCACAUCUACAGAGCGUCUGCAGGCCAAAUCCUCGUCCUCUGGCCUCUGUUCAUAAGAGUUUAUUAAAAGUUAGAUUUGGA